ACAUUAUUAUUUAUAUACAGUGUAUAUAUACACACACACAUCACACCAAAAAAGAACACACAACCAUGUCUCCUACCAUCCUUCACUCCAUCUUCUUCUUCAUCCUCUUAACCCCAAUUCAAUUCCCCCAUGCGGAAGAAACAAUGGUGCCGUUAAUAGAGCCCGGAAGACGGAAUCUCAUGACUUCUCCGUUCAACGACGUUCGCCGGAAACUCAACGGUUUCCAGAUUUGUUCACUCUGCACCUGCUGCAACUCCGGCGGUGGCAACGGCGGCGCCGGUGGCGGUAAAUACUGCACGCCGUCGCCGUGUUGUUACGCGAUCAAUUGCAAUAUCCCAAAUCGGCCGUUUGGGUUCUGCUCGUUCACUCCGAAAUCAUGUAAUUGCUUUGGAUGCCAUCUUUAAUUGGGUGCAAUUUUUAGUUUGAAUUUUGGGGGGUUUUGGCUGUGUGAAUUGGGGUUUCUGAUUUAGGGUUUAUAGGGUUAUUUGUUUUGAUAAUUAUAAUUAUAAUUAUGUUUAUGAACAUGAUUAUUAUUGUUAGUGUUUGUUUGUAUUUGUUUAUUAUGGUUAGUGGAGGAAGUAAAGGAGAUGUUUGCUGUAUUCUAUUGUAUUGUAUUGGGGUUAGCAAUCUAUUGGGAAUGUGGGUGGAUUGUCUCACUAA